GCUAAGAAUUAUCAUUGCAAUUUAGAUUUCAUAUUAUUAAAUACAUUCCUAAGAAAACCCAAAAAACAACUAACAACAUGAAAAUUAUUUGCCUUUUAGUAAUUUUUGCCUUGAGUGCUGUUUUUGCUUAUCCCCAAGUACAAGAAUGGAAGGAUCCCAAAAUCUUUGCUGCAGGAGGUGGUAAUCAAAAGGAUGGUUAUGACUUUACUGCUAAUGUUCGUAAAAAUGUGUGGGAAAGUGAUAAUGGCAGACAUUCUUUUGAUGUAACUGGCGGCUACUCGCAACAUUUGGGUGGUCCCUAUGGCAAUAGUCCAGCAGAUCGUCGUGUGGGAGGCAUUUACACUUAUAGAUGGUAGAUUACGAAAUAACUGUAAUUUUUAUUAAAUUAAGCAAACCUAUUUAAUAUAGAAAUUAUGA